AGUCUUAAAACAAUUAUUAACAAUGAAGAAGGUAAACAGAGAUGCGAAAAAGCUCAGUUACUUUUUGAUAGAUAUAAAAAGGGCACUCGCCCUGACCAUAAGGAAGCAAAAGAAUGGAAUAAAGAACAUGUGUUAGCUAAGGAGAAUGAUGGACCUUCAAUCCAUUUUUACCAACCAAAAUUUAUGGGUAACACUAUUAAUGGGAUUAGUAACAAUGGAACUUUCAGUGCUGAUUUAAAGAAAAGAAAAUUCUUAGAAAUCAAUGAAUCAGAUACCAUCAAUACUACCAAAGAUGUUGAAGAUACUGUCUAUUAUGACCUUGAAAAAAGCUGGGAGUUUGAACAGCAAAUUCCUGAUUGGCUUAAACAAAUACAUCAACAUCGUGAAAGCCUUGUUGCAAGAACUGAUACAACUAAUUUUAAUUCAUUAUCUCAAGUAGUGGAAAUUCCUAUUUGGUGGCGCAUAAUAGAUACAUGUGAUCCAAAACUUUCUGAUGUUAUUACAAAGCAAGAAUUUCUGAAUCUAAGCAAAAGUUUACUUUCAUAUCUUCCAUUGAACUGGAAAGUUUUGGAACCACCAGUUGAAAGAUGCUUGCACUCAAUUGCAAUGGUUAGUAGUUAUGCUAUUUUAUUUAUUUAUUUAUAUAACUCAACAUUGUGCAACUGUCUUCAGUUAGAUGAGGAAGGAUUGAAGGAAGUAGCCAAAACUGUGGUAUACCAUGGUGUUUGUGUUGAAGAUUAUAAACAUCCAGAUGUCUGUUAUAUUAUUGAAUUACUUCGAUAUACAUACCAAAUGAUUGAUAAAAAAAUACCACAAUGUGAAAAUUCAGAAAGAGAUAUUGACAUAAUUUUCAAGUCUCAUAUGUUUUCUUGUCUUAGUGAUAUAUUAGAUUUACAUUUUGGUGAAAUGGUAUCUAGAGCCUCACGAUCACGUCAUAAACAAGCAAUUAAUGCAUCUGAUAAGAUAGAAGGAUACCAUCUAGACUGGCUUUUUACAAAACAUGAUCUUGCAAAGGAUCUUACUUGGGGAAGGGAGUUUUCCCUUUGUGAAAGGGCAGGUUCAAAGAUUGAAAAUGGUAGGAACAUUCUUGAUAACACACUCAAGGUGCAAAAGACACUACGAGACAUGCAUCAAACAUUGAUGGAAACCUUAUCUGAAGUAGGCGGUGGAGCUCUUCCUGUCAAAGUUGUUCAAGCUUUCCAGCAAUUAAUUCUUCCUGGCUUUAUUACAUCUUGGUUUUUUAUUCGUAUUUUGGUAAAUGUGUAUAUUGGUAGUAAAUACUAUGGAUCCACUGUGUUGGGAGAAUUUGAUAUCCCCACUCGAUUUGAUGAAAUGGGAAAAAUAGUAGCAAUAGCACAGAUGAUGUUGACUGUUAAGAAUAUCUUGAAGCAAACAAUAAAAACCUUUACAUUUAUGAAAGAAGCUUCUGAAAAGAAAAAAUAUUCAGUGGAAAAUGUAUUGGUGUCACCCAGAAUCAAAGAACCAA